CAGUGUCCCACCGCACGCCGUUCAGAGCCGAUCACAGUGAUCAGAUCUUCUCAGACAAAUUAAGAUAUUGAUAACGAUCAACUGACUUAUAUACUUAAUAACGAUAAAUAAAAAUUAAUUUAAAUUAAACUAUUAUUACUGACGUAAGAAUUAUAUUGUAAAAAAAAUAUUUUAUUGUCAUACGUUUGUUUUAAUACAUAAAAAAAAAUAUUCAUUCAUUCAUUUAUCUUUUGAAAUUGAUAUAUCUCUACAAAGGGAUAUUUAAAUCACGAUUUCCUCGGUCCUUUUUGUCUUUUUUCGAGUGUGUCCGGUUUGACUUUUCCCAAUUAUUACCAUCAUCAUCAUCGUCAUCAUCAACAACCAAUCCCCCAACCUCCCACUUAUAACCAGUAUUAAAGCCGUCACCGAUCUCUUUUCGCUUACGCGUCGAGCACGCGCUGGAGGAAACGAGGAAGGGAGUUGCACAUACUCUCUACGCGUUGAUCAUACUCACAAUCUCUCACUUGUAUUUCUGCCGCGCUUCCUCGAACGUAUUUACUACUUCUGUUCCAACAGAAUAUAUAUAUAUAUAUAAAUUUAUUUCGAACCAACAACUCCAGUGGCUACCACAUACUCUUAUUUUAUUUUUCACUCUGGUUUUUUUUAUACUUAACACACAAUAGUUGUAUGGUUCUGCAACUGUAACAAUAUACUUUACCGGUGUAUAUCUCUUGUGUGUUGUGUGUUAUUUGAUCGUGAAACAUUUUUCACUAAAGAUCCAAAUAAUUUGUGCUUUUAUAUAUUAACAUUUGUACAUUGUCGUUUAUCAAAAAGUGUUUUUUAUUUAUAUUUUUUACUUGCAAUCAUUAAUUAUUUUGUGAAUGUACUAUAUGUAUUAUUUUGACAAUUUUAUUAAAUCUUGAAAAGAGUUUGUGAAUAACUUGGUGAUACAUUGUAUUACAGAGAUUAAGUGUUGACGAGGUGAUAUCUGUCUACUUUGAAUGGAUUGAGAAAUUGUGGAUACUAUAUAUUGUGGGUGAUAUUUACGACUGAUACAGUGAUAUACAUAGAUGUCUGACAGUUCACAGCCAAGUGCUUUCGACACUUCAACGGAUCAACGACAGAUUUUUGUUGGAAAAAACGGACUAUACGCAUAAACUUGAAAUGAAGUUUAAUCGACAUACUAAUAGACAAAUAAUUAUCAACUAUUUAAUGACAUUGUAAUACGUAUAUCGAGUUGAUAAUUAAAAACAAAAACAAUUAUAUCACUGUAUUUAGUUUAUCUAAAUACACUGUAUUGUAAUAUUGUUAAGUAUAAGUAACUCUACAAUCAUUGAAACUAGAAGUAAAACAAUGGCAACGGUAACAAUGGGUUUACGUCGGCGUGUACCGCCGAAUAAUUCAACAAUUCAAUCACCAUCAACAACAACAAAUAAACGUUCGAGAUCAGAAAAUAAUAAUCAAUCAAAUGGUAAUUUAAAUUCAAUAAAUGGCAGAGAUUAUCCACCAGCUAAAAAAUCACGUGGUGGUCCAAUGAGUGUUAAAACAAAUAAUAAUAUAAAUACUGUUCAAUCGACACCAAAAGGACGUGGUUCAGCAAAAUCACGUACUAAAAAUUCAAUGAUAACACAAACAACAUCAACAACCAUAUCAAAUACAACAAAUAAUAAUAAUUUGACAGUUCAAUCAGAUAUAUCUAGUACAUACAAUGUUCUUGGAUCAAAUCCUUGGUCAGUUGCGGGCAAUAUUCCAGAUGGUACUCAAACAACAUAUACCACAAUGUCUUGUGUACCACCUGGUUCACAAGGAAGUCUUUGUUCAUCAAAUCUUGGUAUGCCACCAACAAUACCAUACAUGGCAACAUCAAUGGCAACAUUUGUUGGUAAUGCAACAAAUCUUGGUAAAAAUUCAUCGGUAUCCUAUCUUGAUAUAUCAAAUAUGACGAGUGGUUCACUUAAUAACUCAUCUGGAAAAUCAACUGGCAAUAUUAACAAUGGCUAUGGUACUACUAACUGUAGUAAUAAUAAUAAUAUUAAUACCAAUAAUAAUAAUAUUAACAACCAUAAUAAAAAUAUUCCUGUAUCGGAAGUUAAAACAACGCUUCCAUUGCCAUUUUCUGGUGCUGUACCAACUCCUGGUGUAACAUAUACAAGUGCAAAAACAACUCAAUCAAUGGCAACAACAACUGAAGCAAAAAUAACAUCAUCAUCAAAAUUUCAAAAUGAUACAAUGUUUAAUACUUAUCAACCAUGGGUUAUCAAGACAUAUGGAGAUUUAGCUAAAACAAAAACAAUAACAAUUAAAAAAUAUGGAAGAAUAUUACGUACAUUGAGAGGCGAAGAAGUUAAUAGUGCUGAAAACAGCAAAUUUAGAUUUUGGGUUAAAAGUAAAGGUUUUCAUAUUGGUCAACCAGAAGGAUAUGAUGCUAAGCCCGCAGACAGGAUAAUCGGUCGACAUGCGGUCACUAGUCCUGGACUUGAUCCACCACUGUACGUUCCAACACAGUUGCCACACAGCAAAGCUUUGAGUGCAAUUGAAGGAGCAACUCAACCCGGUCGAGUUUACAAAAAAGUUGCUAUCGUGGAAAACUUUUUUGAUAUAAUUCAUGCUGUACAUGUUGAUCUUGAAGGAAGACCUGGAAAACAUGCUGGUCAAAAGCGAACUUACAGAACGAUAACAGAGACCUAUGCAUUCCUGCCCCGUGAAGCGGUUACUCGAUUUUUGCUGGGUUGUACAGAAUGUCAAAGACGACCAAGGACACCAAGUCCAACUAAUCACAGUCAGUCGCAAUCAGUGGCAAGUGUACCCACACCACCAAUACCAUCACCAAGUCAAGUAAUGACACCACGUAUUGCUACUGCUUCUUUGAGUCCAACUCCAGCAACCGCACUAUCUGCUGGACCAAUAUUAAGUAGUCUAAGGCCUCGUGAAGCUAGUAAUCCACCAGAGAGCAAAAGUUUAUUUAACUACCGACAUCCAAGGCAUCAGAGGGCCACUGUACCAAUUUCAGUAGUUAAUAAAGUUGAAAGAGAAAUAGAACGUAAAGAUACUGAAAAAGAUAAAGAAGUUAAGAAAGUUAAUGAGCCAAAAUACAAUCCAUUGAGUAUAACUAAUUUAUUAAAAAAAGAAACACCAACAACUUUUACAAGUACAACUACAAUACAAGAUAAUAAUAUUAGUGAUUCAAGAAAGACACCAGAAUCUGAUCGUGCAAGUUCAAAAAGUUCAGCAUCAUCAAAAAGACGUAGAAUGUUACCAGAAGGUAGAACUCCAUCACCACCACUAACAACACCUUUAACACGUCCAUGGAGUCCAGGUCUUAAUCCAAAAGAAACACCAGUCGACUAUAGUCUUUCCAUUACUACAACGUACCUGAAACAUCAGCAAAGAAUUGCACGUGAAGAACAAGAAAAAGCUGCAGCUGCUCUUGCACUUGAAGAAGAAUCAAGACGAUAUUCAUUACCACCACCACUACCAUCAGGACAACUGGCACAAUCACUAUCACUACCACUACCAAUGCCAAUCACCGACAAUGAGAUGGAAAGGGAACGAUUCUCACCCGCUGCUGGCUUAAUCGAUACCAAUCUCAAUUUACUUGCUACUAUUCAGCAAUUGCAUUGCCAAGUCAUGCUUGCUCUUACUGAGAGACUCAGACCUUCUGUACUUCCGUUGCCUUUGAUCCUACCAACUACUGCAGACGUAUUCCCAAGUUUAUUUAUUAGCUCAAAUAUGUCAAUGCCCACGGCUAUUGCACAUCACCAAUCGUGAAGUUAAAUCAACAAAACAUACUUUUAUUUAUAUUGUUUGAAAUAAUUGUAAAGUUUUAUUUCAAGAAAAGUAUAUAACAAAGCUAGUCUACAAUGAAAUAUUGAUUCAUUAGUUAAUUCUUUUUGUCAAUAAAAUAUCUCCAAUUUGGGAAAUAAUGAAAAAAUAUAGAUAUUUAAUACAAUUCCUAUGUAAAAUAAUGAUAAUGAUAGCCUGAUAAUUAUUUAUAUGUAUUAUCUUUCAAAAUAUGUAAAACAAUAGCAUGUAUUUAUUUAAUUUUAAAAUGAAUAUGAGUUACGACUGAAUAUUAUUUAAAUUUUUAGUUUCUUGUGUCAAGUAUAAUUAAAAAAAAUUGGAUAACAUUUAGUUAUAUAAAAAGAAUAUUUAAUUAUUUUUGUAUAAAAAAUAAAAAUGAAAAUGUCAUCAUUAUAGUAGAUUAUGAAUUUAAAAUACAAACAUAUAUAUUUUAAACUUAAAACGCCAGUAUAAACUAAGUGCAAAUAAUCAAGUUCGUCUUUCACUUACUCGACGUCUUUUUCAUAUUUACGUUAUACAUUUAUCUAGUGUCUGAUUCUUAGUAGAACGAACGUAAUUUUAUGUAUAAUUAUUCAAGGCAGCUAUCCGUAUGAAAACUGACUGCAAACGUAGUUAAAUUCGAUUAUAUAUUAUAUAUAUAUAGAUAUUGUAUCAUAUAAAGCAAAUUAGUCUGUAAGCUGUGCUUGCACCGAAGUUCUUUUAAAACUAGAAGUUCGAUAUUUGAUGUGAAAUAUAGACGUCUCGUAAAUACAAAUUUUUAAUAAAAUAUACAAAAAAGAAUAUUAAUAAUAAAAUUUAUUUAAACUUUUUUUUUUUGUAAAUAAUAAUUGUUGUAAUAUAAUAUCUAUUUAAAAAUUAUCAUUGUUAAUAGUGCAUUAUCUAUAAUUAUAGUAUUUAAAUUAUUCAUCUACUAGAUUUGAAAAUUUGGUCAAAAGAAAAAUCGAAAUGAUAAAAUGAAAAAUAAAAUAUACAAAGUUAAUUAAACGUGUUAAUUGUAUCAAUCUACUGCGAAAUAAAAAAAAAAAAUAAAAAUAACUGUUUUAUAUUACUUUGAGGAUUUUUUAGUGGUGGGUGUUUUUUUGUUUUCUCAGCUAAAUCAUCUAUGUCUUAAUUAAUCUGACUCGUAAAUUUUCAUGACUUGUAAAUAACCAGAAAACUUUAAAACAAAUAAUACAAAGUACACUUAACAUUCAACCGUGUGGUACUUGUUGAUGCGAAUGACGCUUGUUUUUAAAAUAAACCUCUUUCAAAGAUGUAUAAUGAAUAAAUUUUUUUUUAAAUAUCGAUAUUAAAAAUGGCUCUCAAAAAUUUAUUAUAAAUUGAAAAUUAUUUGUGUCAAUAAAACAUAUAUACUUAUUGAAAAUUGAAGAAAUAAUAAUUAC